AUGUCAAGUAGUGAAUCCACUUCAAACUCAUCCACCAAUCCACCACCACCACAACAACAACAAUAUUCCUUUCUCUUUAAUGGAACAGUCACUCAAGCCAUUCAACUCUUAACACAACCACUCUCACCUCUCCGAUAUUUAUUUAUAUUCAUCACUACACAUCAUGAAAGCACUCUUUUACAUUCAUUCAAUUCCAAUUCAGAAAUUGUUAACUUGUUAAAACAACCUCAACAUAUUUGUAUUCACAUUAUAAAACCAAGUAUAGAUUAUACUAAUUUUGCAUCGAUUUAUAUUCGAGAUGAAACACAAUCGAUGGAUUCUGUUUAUGUCUUGAAUCGGAAUGGAGAGAAUAUUUAUAAAGAUUUAAAUCCAAAUGUGAAUGAUUUUAUUCAGAAAUGUAAUGAAGGAAUUUCUAAUAGUGAUCAUCAUUAUCAUCACCACCAUCACCAUACUAUUACUUCUUCUAAUCCAUCCAAUCCUAUACCUCACCUCAUGAAUGAUGAGUAUGAUUCUGAUAUUUAUGGACCUUCUGAGUCUUCUAUUGAAUCUUCAUCAAUAACCUCAUCAACAACAUCAAUAACUUCAUCAACUACAUGCAAUUCGAAUCAUAACAAUACUACAACACCACUCUCCUCCUCUUCUACCAUUCAAUUACCUCAAUAUCGUUAUGAUUUUGUUCAAGAAACUCCUGAAGAGAAAAAGAAGAAAAUUCAACAAGCGAUGGAAAAGGCAAGAAGAAGAUUAAAUAGAGAGAAUAAUAGUGGUGGUAGUGGUAGUGGUAGUGGUACUGGUACUGGUAGUAGUGGUAGUAGUGGUAGUGGUGGUAGUGGUGGUAGUGGUGAUGGAGAAUCAUCUCCUACAACACCUUCAUCUCAUUUACCACUCUCUCCAAUGACUCCAACCACUCCAAAUACUUAUCAACGUGUUAAAACUGAAUUAACUCAACAAAAGAAGGAAGAAUUGGAAUACAAGAAAAAGUUAAAAGAACAAAUUAAGAGAGAUCGAGUAGAGACAACAAGACAACAGGUAGAUCAAGUAUCAAAUAUUGAAAAUUCUACUCCAAUGUUAAAGAACCAACAAUCCAAUGAAACAGGUCAAUAUGUUCCUACAAAAUCACAAACUACAAUGAUUGCAUUCAAAUUACCAAAUGGAGAAGUGAAGAAACAAACUUUUCAAUCCACUCAAACGAUUAAGGAUUUACAUGAAUUUAAAAAUACUAACAUUGAAGGAGGUACGAAAAUGAUUAUGAGUAUCAUGUAUCCAAGAAUUGUAUUAUCCGAUCAGUUGGAUACAAAGACAUUGGAAUCGAUGAACUUGUGUCCCAAUGGCGUUAUUUUGCUAUCCAAUGACAGUUCGAAUAAUGCUGUUGAGGGUUGUGAACAUUAUCAUCAUUCAUCCAACAAUGGUCCCAUUGGUAUCAUUUCAGGAUUAUUCACAAAAUUAAUAAUUUUAGUAAUUACUGCCAUUCAAUGGGUUGGUGGAUUCAUAUUUCCUUCACCCCAACAAGCCAAUGGAAGAAACUCAACGACGACUCCCUCUUCCACAUCAUUAGAUCCAAACAACAAUAAUAACACAAAAAGAAACAAAUCACUUCGUGACAAUGGAAAUAGUACACAAUUUGAGUAUAGACAAGAUGGUGAUGACAAUAGUGAUAACAACUAG